AUGUUUCCACCACCCCAACUACUACUACGACGUGCUUCCUUGCCAACAGCUCGACGCGUAGCAGCAACAGCAACACGACAAGUGCGAUUCUUUACCAACCCACACGGCUACGAUGCACUUGUUUUGGGAGCAUACAACAAUCUCAACUUAACAGCAACUCAAGGCAUUUCCGACUCAACGCGUAAUCAGAUACUCGAGCAGUUGUCCUCUUCCAAUUUGACAAAGAAAGACGAUGUCCGUUUAUUGUACAAUGUUGGAGGCAUAAAACAAUUGGCAGUGGUGUCUUUGGGAGAGAAGCCUGAAAGCAACAUGAGUCAAGACGUUGCCCUUGAAACAGCACGCCGUUCAACAGCGAUUGGUAUUCAAGCCUUGAAGAAGCAUUAUUCGGAAGGAGAUAAUCAACACAUUGGCGUGGACGUCUCCAUUCAUGCACAUGGAGCAGCAGAAGGCGCCGUACUAGCCCAGUAUGCAUUCGACAAGCUGAAGACCAAACAGGGACCAAAUCUACGUGUCGGGCCUUUUGGACAAUCCACAGAUUCAUCCAAUCUUUCGUGGGAAACUGGAUUGGUGUAUGGCAAUUCGCAAAAUUUGGCACGACGUCUCAUGGCAGCACCAGCCAAUUUGAUGACACCAAAGACAUUCGCAGAGGAAAUGGCUUAUCUCUUGGCAGGUCUGGAGAACGUCGAGGUGAUGGUACAUGAUCAUGAUUGGGCAGUGCGACAAAAGAUGAAUGCUUUCUUAUCAGUGGCUCAAGGAAGUCAAGAGCCAUUACGUUUCCUCGAGAUUCAUUACAAUGGUGGUGAUGGACCGCUUUAUGGAUUGGUUGGCAAAGGUAUUACAUUUGAUUCCGGCGGCAUUUCUCUCAAGCCCUCCAAUAACAUGGCGUUGAUGAAAGGCGAUAUGGGUGGGGCGGCUACAGUUGCUGCAGCUCUUUAUGGUAUUUGCAAGUUACAGUUGCCUGUGAACGUGGUCGCAAUGAUUCCUUUGUGCGAGAACAUGCCAUCUGGAAAGGCAACCAAGCCGGGCGACGUUGUUCGAGCCAUGAAUGGGAAAUCGAUUGAGAUCAUCAAUACAGAUGCAGAAGGAAGAUUGAUCCUGGCCGAUGCACUUUAUUAUCUCAGCUCAACGUACGCGCCAAAGACGAUUAUCGACGUGGCGACCCUUACUGGAGCCAUGGAUGUUGCCCUUGGACAGGCAUUUGCAGGCGUGUUUACCAAUUCCGAUGAAUUAUGGACAAGACUAGAGACGGCAGGAAAGACUACGGCGGAUCCUUUUUGGCGUAUGCCAUUGCAUGAUGAUUAUCUCAAAGGAAUGAAAGAGUCUUUGGUGGCGGAUCUCGUUAAUUCAGCUGGACGAUCAGGUGGAUCUUGUAGUGCUGCUGCCUUUUUGAAAGAGUUUGUGGCUGGACAACCAGAGAUACAAUGGGCUCAUAUCGACAUUGCUGGUGUGAUGGAAUCAUCGGCAACGGAAGGAUAUCAUAUCAAAGGAAUGAGUGGUCGACCCACACGUUCUUUGCUUGAUUAUUUGCGCUGUGCUGAAUAA